UUGUUUCAACAUGGAGACGGUGUAACGGGAGUGAAAGCGUCUACAAACACGUCAAAUGCCCAGUGAAACGUUGUAGAUGUAGAAAUGGGUGUGUUUUCAGAUAUAUUUAGGUGGAAAACGUGUUACUCCGUUUGUAUUCUUUUGUGUUUUAUUUGUGUUCAUUCAGAAAGACAUCGUGCAUCAUGGACAUCGAAGGAUUUUUUCUUGUUUGUGUCAAAGUUUGGUGUGCAAAAAACUGAUUUGAAAAAUGAAGACGCUACACAGGGAUUUUUUUACGGAAAUAUCACAACGAAUAGUAAUUUUUCUAACGCUUUGACGUUAGUUGUAGUUGAUAGUGAAUAUUUUUCGCAUUUUUAUGGAAACGGUAGUAUAGCCAACGCAAAAGUAAAACCGAACAAACAACAGAGAACAAAUAUAUGUAAAGCCAUGUUUAAAUCCAUUGAUGAAGUUGCUUAUGAUAAAGAUUGCAAUUUAAAUGGAAGGAAAGACUACAUCCGUCGAGUUCCUUGUCCAAAAGGUGGACUCUGUGAGGAUGAAGAUACACCAUCAAAUGUUAUUCCAAAUUAUCAAUUUACCUUCAAAAUAAUGGAUAAACAGAUACCCAGAUUCUGGUACAUGAGCAUUGUUGCUUGCUACAGGAACACUACCAACAAGAACUGUUCCUGGGUCAGCUCGGAGGAGAACAUAACAAUCGACUACGACAUCUGGCUAGUCAACGGUGACCCCAUCUACAAGAAGUGGAACCCAGUGGAACACCAGUUCUCCUUUGAAGAGCAUGACAUCUUCGAGACAUUUAUGGCAUUUCUAGGAGUCUACAUCCUUAUAGUGCCAUUUUAUUUUUAUGUCUAUUCCAAGCAGAGACAUUCUUUGACAAAAUUCCUAUUGGUGAUCACAUGUACAGAAGCUUUUGGGAUCUUUUGCAAUUUCAUCCAUGUGGCUGUCUUUGCGUCCAAUGGGGUGGGGGUGAAGUGGAUUGCCGUUUUAGGUAACGCCAUUGAUACACUGGCCCAGUGUCUGUUCAUGCUCAGCCUGCUCCUUCUUGCCAAAGGAUGGAUGAUUACGCAGCACAGGAUCAGGGGGAAGAAGGUGGUGUUCUCGCUGUGGGGGGUCUACACAUUGCUCAACUGUAUCCUGUUCCUCUGGAAUUUGUUUGAGGUGGAUGUCAUAUCCAACAAAGAUGAAUGGCAGACCUGGCCAGGAUACUUAAUUUGCGGAUUCCGGAUCGUGAUUAUGAUUUGGUUUAUCGUAGAGCUUCGCAACACGUUUCAGUCGAGUCGGUGUGCGGAGGACCGUUUACAGUUCCUUCAGCAGUUUGGUGCCUACUUCCUGGUCUGGUUCAUAUACCUUCCUGUUCUAGUUAUUCUCAAUACACAGUUCUCUGCCCUGUGGAAGAAAAAAAUCAUGCUUUGUAUAACAAACGGAGCUGAUCUUCUCUCGUACCUGAUUCUCCUUCACCUUCUGUGGCCCUCCAGGUCCAUUUUGUAUCUACUGAAAGGGGAGGAACCAAUUCCAUAUGACCUACUUAUUACAGGUAUUUUAGAUGAGGACCAAGAUGAAGUAAAUAUCUUUAAAAGGAAGAAAAAACUCAGGCAGAAUGGUCAUGUUAAAGCGGAGACUAACCACAAUACAAUGAUGAAUGGCUUCCAGAAGUCUACCAAAUCACGGUACACCGAUGAGAAACGUCUAGCUUUACUGUCAGAGGAGGAAGAAGAGUUAUAGCUGUGCAGUGGAAAGUACCAUUAGUUGUAACAAAAAGCAUUUGGACAAAAGAACUUUUUCAGCAUCAGAAAGAGUUUGUCUCAGUCAUAACAAUGCAUGUACAUUAUGAGUUUUAAUGUCACAAAUCAUCAUGCAUAAACUCGUACUUAUCACUAAAAGGGUAUGUUUAAAUAAAACAUAUAAUCAGUGGCUUAAAAUAGUUGAUAUUUGGAGCAGGAUCAUCAAAGACAGUCCAAAAUCAUUUCUUUCUGUAGCCGAAUUCUUGGUAAUAAUGUUUAUUCCUUUUGUGUUAUGCAAACUCAGAUUUAAUAUUGCAUGUUUCAUUGCGUUCAGAUUUGGGGAGGGAAAAUGAAUACUCUAUGUAAGGUCAGUUUCAUCAUAUAAGAUGAAAAAUAGCUUAUGGUGUGGGUCCAUGCAUCUUGUGUUUCACAUGUUGAUUAUUUCUCGUUCAAAUUAAUGUCCAAUGACCUGUUUCUCUAUGUAUAUACUGAGUAAUCUCUUAUCUCAUUGUACCUUAUUGCUUCCUAUCUUUUUUAAGAAUCAAACAUUUAAGGAGUGAGUUGUAAAUGGUAAGGAACAUAAAGUACUGGAGUUUGAGAUCUAUACAUGUACUUAUGAUUAGCAAAUAAUCUUAUUAAAACAUUGCUCAUUUGAAAUGAUCUCACAUAUGCUUUAAAUUAUUGAACAAAAUAUUUACUGAAUGUGUCCAAAAGGAUCAAAUCAAGUUGCACAUAUCACUUCUUUUUUUUUUGCGGUCGGUGUAUCUGUAGCAAUAUGUACAAAUAAGGCAGAUUUUCAGUUAUAAUGUUCCAUUUUUUUGUACUGUGUGAUUAUGUAAUUAUGAAAUAUCCCCUACAUGUAAUUUAAUUAUACUUUAAUUACCAGUAUACAUAUAUUUGACCUAGGACCCUGUAAAUAACAACCUUUUGAUUUUCAGUGGAUUACUGUUUAUUUCUCUAAAAUAAUUUACAUAUAAAGUCAUUUACAUAGAUCAGGGGUGUGUCUAGAUAUACAUUUGUAUUUUGACAUUUAGUUCUUUCCAUAAUAAUGUGUUCUCUCUGUUUCACUACCUAUUUAAACUGUAAUUUUGUUUCUAAAUUUUUAUAACUGUGAUAUUUUGCCAACAUUCAGGUCUUGCUGUAUUCGCAUGAUCUAGUUCAGGGUUUUAGAUUUUGGAUCAUUUUAUGUCCUGCUGAGGAGGAAAAGAGAAUAGUUAGGCAAGCUGGGAUUUACACGACAUUGUCAACGUUUGUAUUAAGGGGAUUUACUGGUAUGCAUGAAUGAUAGACAGGGAUUGGUUUUUGGACACAUUUUCUAUGUGGCUAUAUCAAAAGCAAGGUUAGGUUAAAACAGUGAAUAGUCAUUUUAAGACUUUUUAAACCUUUUGAAAAGAAAGACAUUCAGAAACUUACAGGGAAUUAGACAAAGAAGAUUAAAUCAAAACAUCAGCAUUUUUCCCUUUCUGAAUAAAGAUAUUUGAUAAAAAUAUAUUUAAAAGUUCCUCGGGGGGGGGGGGGGGGG